UUCGUGGACUUCAACUCCCAGAUGGCUGGCUCAGGAAUUAUGGAAGUUGAAGUCCAUGAGUCAUAAAAGAGCCAAGGUUGCUUACCCCUGGUCUAGAUCCAGAGGAUAGGAGGAAACAAGAAUACAGGAGGAAUUUGGGUUAUAAAACCACCAUGUCAACUCCAAAACAGUAGGUGAGCUGAAUGCAGCUAAGUAUCUCCAAAGCCAUGAAUGCCAUUGGUGUUGCAGCUAUGGCUGAAAAUUACCAGAAAUUCAACCCCAUGGCUUACUUACAGAACAACUACAGGCCACCACGUGCCAAUUUCACUAGUGAGGAUUUUGUGGUGCCCUGGAAGCUCCGAUGCCUGGCAGAUGCCUUUGCCACAGGAAAGAUCACCGGCCACACUCUGAUUGAUAUUGGCACAGGCCCCACCAUCUACCAACUCCUCAGUGCCUGUGACUACUUUGAGGAGAUUGUAGCCACUGACUUCCUGGAAGUGAACCGGGCUUUGAUUCACAACUGGGUGCACAAUGAAGACAAAGAUGGCUUUGACUGGUCCCCUUAUAUCCAGCAUGUUUGUAAAAUUGAGGGCAAAGGGGAGCUGUGGAAGGAGAAAGAGCAAAAGCUGAAAAAGAAGCUGAAAAAGAUCCUUCCCGUUGACAUCCACCAGCUGAACCCACUGGGUUCUUUCCUCAGCCAGCCAGCUGAUGCUUUGGUUUCUACUUUUUGCCUAGAGGCGGCCAGCCCCGACCGCCCAAGCUUUGAUAAAGCUUUUCAGAAUGUCACCAGACUCCUUAAACCUGGUGGCCAUUUUCUCAUGAUUGGAGCUAUGGAAGAGUCUUUCUACUUAGCUGGAGAAGUGAAGUUGACAGUGGUGCCCCUGAGUGAAGCAGACAUCAAGGAAUCAUUUGCAAAAAAUGGCUAUCAUAUUCAUGACUUCCGUUCCUACAACAUGCCUCCAACCCUGAUGGUUGGAGUUGACGACGUACAAGGGAUCUUUUUCAUCCAUGCACAAAAGUUUGCUUGAUUCCAUUUUGUCUAGAAGUUGUUUUUUCUCUUGUCAAAGAAACAUGAGAUUGUAUAAAAACUCCGCUUGCUCAUUCUUCCCAUUAUUUUUUGUGUUGCUGUCUCUGUGCUUAGAUCUUAUUGCCUCUGUUUUGAUCUUAUCUGAAUUCACAUCUGUUGCCAAAAGAGGAUAGUUUCAGUAAUCUGAACCAAAUUCCUUUGCAGAUUUUAUUCAUUUUUACUGUCCAUAGAAUGAAAUAAUGCAUAUACCCCACCAAAGUACAGAUCAGGGACAGAGUACAUAUUUUUCAUUUAAAACAGCAAGAGUACAACUGCAGUAAAGGGGGGGGGGGCAAUUUUCCCCAGUUUGGAAUUCUCCAGAUUUGUAGGACUUCCAAGACCAUGGUGGUUGGCAAAUAUAACAUUUGGAACCCAAUAUAUUGGAGGAGCACCAAGCUGGAGAAGAUUGCAAAUAUAUUGGAUAGUAAAGCUAGGCAAGUAAUCCACAAUUAGCCACAAACUAGCCAGCUAUAUGUAGCCAUAUAUAUAACAGGAACUAUAUUCUGAUUCAAUAUAAAAUGAAUCCACAUUAGAUAAAGUUGUUUAUACUGGUUGUGGGUGUUUUUUGUUUUGUUUUGCCUGUUCUAUUAAUUUUGAAGUUGGCAGAAGAGCUCUAUUUUGAUGUUCUAGAGCAGACUGGAUACUUCAAAAAAUUUUCCUGAUUGCCUGAGAAAAUUGCUGCUAGAAGAAAAGUAAUUUCCAAGCAAGUUUAUCUCCUAAGUACUCUGUUCUCAGUGUAAUGACAUGAGUAUCAUUGGCUAUGUAAUCAAGCUUCACAAGCACAAGAAAAAUAAUUCCAGGAACAUUUAUCACAAGUUCUAAAAAGCUUUAUGGAAAAGCCUCUAAGGAGGGAGGUGCAACAUAAAGCAGCUUACUGAUUUGUUUUGCAUAAUGUAUUAGGGUAUGAUUUGCUUAACUGUGGUUUAAAGAAGUCUCAGUUGCUUGAAUUCUCAUGUCAUACUAUGUAUUAUGUAACCCAGACCACUGAGAAUUCUUAAUGGGCACAGAAUGUUAACUGAUGGGAGAGGAAAGCAAAAAAAAAAUUAGGAAGAAAGGUUGCAAGAUUCAAGAAAAUUGCUGGGCAAAAUAAUUAAUUGCACUAGAUUUCAACAGAUCUACAUAAAAUAUGAUUAAAACUGGAUCCACCCCAAUUCUGAGACAGAAAAGUAAAUAAAUACUACUGCGUAUUAUAAAAAUAUCUGAGCACAAUGUAGCUUUCAUUUAAAAAACAAUGUUUUAUGGACAUCUACUAGGUGCUGCAUGCUUAUUGAGCUUUGUUUUCCUCUUCAUGUUGACUUGAAGGAAUACGAGAACCACUUUGAAUUCACAAAUAGUUUUUAAAAAAUUAUCUUCUGUCCCAAAUGUGUUAACUGGAAAGAGGUUUGCCAUGAACUGCCACUGUCCAUGUUGGCAGUUAGAGGGAACUGCCAAUCUUUUUCAAAAAAGUUGCUUGGGAUGUAAAGUGAACUCAGCCAUACUUUGUUUCAGUUCAUUUUCCCUUCACCCUAAUUUAGCUGCUUAUGAGGACUUAGAGUUUGGGUAUAUUGACAAUAAAACACAAAUAGCAGGUGUUGUGAUUUCAAUUACAUUACUACAUAAGCAGCCUCAACCAUAACCAAGGCAUUAUGUAAAUAUUAUUCUGCAGAUUGUAUGGUUCCUUAAUUCUCAAAAGUUAUUUUCAGAUUAGAACAUACUAAAAGUAGAUCUUAUAUACUUUACAUGUAUUUUCCUUGAAAAAAAAAACAAUCAGGCUAUUGAAAUGAUUAUGUUCAACGCUUACAAAUAUUUCCAGCACCUAUUGCUGCCCCUUCCCUCUCUGUGUGGUGUGUGUUGUUAUGGCAUUUCUGACACAAAUACAUUAUCAUAGAAUUAAACAUAUCUAACAGCCAAAUGUUUUUAAAACUAAAAUGUAUCAUUUUAAGUAGUAUAUCUGCUGAAUUUUCCACUUGCAAAUCCGCGACUGAGUUGUGCCAUUUCAGAAAGCAGAUAAAAGGAAUGUGAUGGUGCCAUUCAUAGGGUGGUCAUUUCUUGGCACAGCUGGUGGAACAGAUCUAUCUUCUGCCCACAGGCUGCCUUUUUCCUAAAUCAGGGGCUGCUUCUGUAGGGAUGAGUAGCUUGUCCUAAUAGAUCACUGACUUGCUUGUCUGUAAGCAUCUCACAUACUGGGAAACUCAGAGACUUCAUCCGCUGCCCUUUAGCCAAGCCAAGCUUCAAAGACAAGUGGAGAUUAAAGGGAUAAUAAUAUGAUGGAAGGAUUUUUCAUAGUAAUUACAAGCUGCUAAAUAAGGUCAUCAAGAGUUUAGCAUUUAAACUGAAUCAUUUUUUAUUGGAAAUUGCACAUACAUAAAAAAAAACAGCAGAAAUUCAAUUACAGUGGGAUGUCUUCCUCAGAAGAGUCUGUACAAUGUAACCCAUCAAGAGGAAUGCAGCUGACCAUCCAGCAUUAUCUGGCAUUUAAUAGGUUUAUUUUUUUUCAGCUGACUUCCAGCAGAAGUAGCAAUAAAAAAUUACCAAGUACCUGGGAGAUUGGUAUAGGCCCAGACAGCUGAAUGUAGUUUAAAUAGUAUAUAUCUUUUAUGUGCUAUUUUAAUAAAUUUGUGUUUUUCCUUCUUGACAUAUAUAAAAUCUUAGAGUAGAGAAGGAUGUUUCACAGUUGAAGCUCCACUAACCUUACUCUGUUCAACAGAAAGGGGAAUUGCCUGACUAGGAACUUCAUGUAAGCUAUUUGCAAAGGAAAGACAGGAUUUUAACUUAAAUCCUGGUGUCACAUUUAAAAGAUGAGGUUUGAGACAUCUUCUGGAGUCCCAGGAGAAAGUGUGUGUGCUUUUUUAUGUUUUUCCCAUAAUUUUCUAACCCACUGCAAGAAUGACAAACAGAAUUGAGACUAAGGAUAUCAAUCAGAAAAAACGUAAUCAAAUUUCUCUUCUGGAAGAGAAAUAAAGGCAGGGAAACAUCAGCAAAACCAUGAUUUAGCUUGCAUAUGAGACACUAGUGCACUUACUAUCUUGGUGAAAAUGUAUCAGAUAUCAAAAAUCAGCAUGAGCUGGAUCUGGCAUCUUCUUUUCACAGAACUCCUUCUCAGCACAGUGGGGAGAACAUGAGUGGUAUACUCAGAUUAGGACUGAGUUCAUGCUAAGCCAAGAUUUGAUUUUUUUCAGGGUUCACUUAGUAAAUUAUAAUUGGCUUAAUUGCACAAUGUACUCAUGGUGUAUAAACUGCCUAGGUGAAAUAUAAAACUGGAAGGCCACAGGAGCUUGAUGGGUUAGCAAGGACUUACAGGAAUACACAGCUCUCCUCCUCCUCCUCCUCCCCAUUUUUCAUGAUUUAUUGAUUGCGCUAUUCCUCCCAUACAGACCACAUCCUGGAGCUUCUGACUUAGAUCUGUUUGCACAGAUUACUAGCAUGUGGUUUUAUAAACUAUGGUCUACCAAAUUAAAUCAACUGAUUGUGUUCACACAACAUAUAGUUACAAAGCUAGCAUAUUCUAGUUAAGUUCUCACAAACAGGAGCCCCUUAACAGGCAUAGGAAGAAGGCAGGAAGAAGGCUUUCCUCCCACUAACCAUUAAGUCAAGAUCUGAACAUAGAAUAAUAGGCCUUGGAAGUCUUCUAGUCCAAACCCCUGUUCAAGCAAAUGGAUAAAUGGUUGUCCAAUCUCUUCUUGAAAACCUCCAGUGAGGGAGCACCCACCACUUCCAGCAGAAGGAAGGAAGGGUUUUCUCCUGUUUACAAAACAGCCUUCUCAGCACAUAAUCUAGAGCAGCUUUAGAACAGAAAGCACGCAGCUCCAAUUACAAUUGUUCCUAUGAGAUUUUAAUCACAGGAACUGAAAACUGUCCAAUAGUACAUCUUGCUUGGCAGUGGCUCUGCCACAGUCAUGUUUCCUAUCCCUUCCUAUUUUCCACUUAGGAACUAAAGAGCUCUAGCAGUUGCUUGUCCUAAACAGGAAAACAGCUCUUGGACCGUCAACAAAAAUGCCAUUUCAAAUAUUUAGGCAUUGGAUGAGCAGUUAAUUAGAAUUGCUCUGCAUGGGCACAAUUAGAAACCCUUCUUGUGGCUACCAACCUUGAAUUUCAAGACUUGCUCAAAAGCCCUCCAUGCCUCCAGAGCCAGCAUUUUUAGCUCUCCUUUUUGUUUCAUUUAUUAGUAUCCAAAGUCUGGGUGACUUGAGGCCCUCCAGAGACCAGUCAGUUAAUAUUGACCUUUCUGAUAGAGUGCAGUGAGUUAAUAUUCAUCAACAUCCAGAAGGCUACACUUUGAAACAGACAAAGCAAAGCAGAAGUGUACUUCCCAUUUUGUUCUCUUUGGUUAGCCAAACUAUGGUACAGCCUAAUAUAGAUCCCCAAAGCUAGUAACAGGUCACCUCCAGCCAUCCAGUCAAAAGGAUUGGCAAAGCUUGUGGAAAGUACAUCCCUUUAAAACAGGAUGGGGAACAAAGUGACUUUUGGAAAAUAACAAGAGGAUUACUAUUAAUCCAAUUCACACAUCUAACCUGAAGAUGGAUGUACUAUAUAAAAUUAGACAUGCAAAAACAUAGUCCUGCAUUUAAAAAGCAGAGUCUGCUGUAUCUGGGCAGCAAAAGUAAGCAUCUCUCACAGGUAUGGCUCUCGGGACCUUCAGGCCACCCCCUUGCCUAGGCCUUUUCCAGCUCAGCCCACUUCAGCGGUGUCUGCAAAAUAGCCCCAAAACUUGACAUCAUUCUACAGCCAUUCAACCAAAGUCCUUCCUCCUUUAAAAUGUGUUAAGAUGCAUGCAAAAAAGGAGUAAGGCUUCAAUUGUAUGAUUAUGGUGGCCAUCCUGACUAUUUUGACCUCUCUGCUACCUCUGGUACACUCAGUUUUGUGAAGCAGCACUUUUGAACAGAAGUGCUGACUGACAAAAGGCAGUGUCAGAUUUCCAAGACUGAUAUUUCUGCUUUCACAAUGAGCAGCUUCUCUUGUUCCCUGUUGUUACAUAUAUACAAUGCUGGCUUGCAGAAUGCUGCCAGAAGAUGGCUCAGUCAACUAACCUUUUGUCCUUGAAGAACUAUGUACACUUCACCACAAAAUGCGGUGCCUGUUUAUGAUUGAAAAAAGGAAGAUUUCAUUUGCAUGAGUUGUCCUGUCUAAUUAAGUCAUAUAAAAGAACAAGAGGGCCAGAGGACACUAACAUUUCAAUCUGAAAUCAUUCCCAAGCUUGUUUGAUUGCUUUCAGAGGGACAAUCAUAUCUCCAACUACAGCAAAGCGUAACAAAGAAAGACUACAGCCCUUUAAAGAUAAAAUCUUCAAGUCAAGCUUAAUCUUUGGGGAAACUCUUCCAUUUGUAUGGCAAUAUUCCAGAAGAGCCUUGUCAUUACAUAUUGGGAUACUUUUUCAAUUUCCCAAUCUGGCUUGUGAUCCUGGUAUUUCCCCCAUACAUUCCAUUCAAGAACUAACCAGGCACUUCCCUAUAACGCAAUAAGGUCAAACAGCCUAGAUUUCACCAGUUAAAAUAAUCACCACCCAAAUCUUACAUGAUCAAUGUUUAUCUGCUUUUAAUUACUUUAAUCUGGUAUUCUCACAGAAACGUUUGUGAAAGCAACAUUGAUGCGUGAAAUUUCAUGUGAGAAGGCCAACAUCUUUUAAGAUAAGGACUUUCUGUUCAUUUUGGGGAAUCUAGCCAUCCACUCCAUAUUGAUGAUUUCUUAAGACUGUAAUUCUACCUGCAUUCACAUUUAGCAACCACAAUUGGGCCCAGCCACUCAGGCAUUAAACCAAGCAAUCACUAAGUGAAACAACUGAACUUACUUCAGCUUUUCUUUGCUUUAAAACCUGUAAAAGUCAUAAAUACAAGAAGGGUUGUAAAAUUAUUUUGUCAUCACAUUGUAAUUGUGAACUCUGCUAAACAUGGCAGUCAUCAAACAAGGCUUUCCUCUGUAGAUGACAUGCAUACAGUUAUACUGUUAGUCUCGGAGAUACUUGAAAUUUUUGCCAGAGGAAGGCAACCAGGUUUCAGAUCAGAUAUUCUGGAUUUCAACUUUCAUCAGGCCUAACCAGUAUUGCCUAUGACAGGGGUGUCAAACUGCCGGCCCGCGGGCCAGACGCGUCACGUGGAAGCCGUGUCAACCCCAUUGCCAGCAAUGUGAAAACCGGCCCGAUAUGUUGUGCGAUGUCACAUGACAUCGCGAGUUUGUCAUGCCUGGCCUAUGACAAGGAAUUAUAGGUGAGUACCUUUCUGCUCCUGUUUUCAGAGAACUGAAAGUAGAUGGAAAAGCCAAACUGAAAUGAAUGGAAAAGCUAUAAUAAAAGAUGCUCCUUUUCUCUCCUAGAACUGAAAGUGAGAAUGCAUACAGUAGAUGUGUAUGAAUUUUAAAUCUCCUCCUACUCCAGUUGGUACCCUUUUCACACUGAUUAGAUACCAAGCACACCCCUCAGGAUUGGGGAAUCAUAAUUUCCCCCUAGUUAUGCAGAAUAGCACUAUCAGCAGUAAAUGGGAUUUCCCACAACUGUUUCUUAAAAGGGAUGAGGAUAAGCAUACUGUUGUUCAGGCAAGUCUAGCUGCUAUUGCCAAUUUUCUUGUGCAGCAGCCUGAUAAUAUAAAUUAAUUAAAGGCUCCCCAUUUAAACUUUACCACAUUACAAUAAAAACAUAGAACCAAAACCUUAUGUUUUAAAUACCACUUCCAAAUCACAGAUAAAUUGGCAAGCACUGCCACCUGGUGGUUGAAUAGAACUAAAAUACCCACACGAACAGUCUUGCUCCAUUCCACAUUUUAUUUUGAUUUUUCACCGGUCAUAGGCAAUUUCUGAAUCCUUUGGCACUCUUCAAGCAAAAGGCACUUUGGCCUCAGAUUACUUUUUCUAGUUUUCCCACAGGCAGAAAAUUGCUCAAGUGUUCAUAAUCAACAUGUAAUGAGUUCUUUUAAGAGCUGUAAGUGUUGCUGAAUUGAAUGCCUCAGCAAUGAGAAAAUUUAAUGAGCAACAAAAUCCUGAGGUUAUCUGUCUCUGCAAACAAUCAACAUUUCUUGGCAUAAAUAUCCAGGCACUUUGUCAUCUUCAGAUGGACAUCCCUUAAUUUAAGCCUUCCCAUAAUUAAAGAAAAUAAAAUGGCUGAACACCAAAAGAUAAGAAUUUUAAAUUAUAGGAACAGCCUGCCUUUGAAUACAGAUGGCUAGUCCAGUAAUGGGGCAUAGCCAUAGAAGCCCCAAAAGAGCAGAUAGAUAAGACACCAAACUUCCUCCAGGACUUCGAAUGACAAAUGAUUCACAGGAAAAAUAGAACACCGACCAAGAUGGAAUUUUGUGGCAAGGUAAAUCUCAUCUCAAAUAUGUCUAUAUUACAAAAAAAAAAAAAA